GAAAGAUUCGACACUCUCGCACGUUAUCGACGACCUCGCGGACUCACGACAACGACAACCCUUCCUCCCUUCCAACCAUAGUCCCUUUAUCCGCGCGAGCAGGAGUUGGAAUACCGCAGCCAUGGCGACUGAGUUGACCGUCCAGUCGGAGCGUGCGUUUUUGAAGCAGCCUCACAUCUUCACCAACUCCAAAGUAAAAUCGAAGAGCAAGGCUGUCGGAAAGGGUGGACGAAGAUGGUACAAGGAUGUUGGCCUGGGCUUCAGAACACCAAAGACUGCUAUUGAAGGAAACUACAUUGACAAGAAGUGCCCUUUCACCGGUCAGGUUUCCAUCCGUGGCCGCAUCUUGACCGGUACCGUUGUUUCCACCAAGAUGCACCGCACCCUUGUCAUCCGACGUGAAUACCUCCACUACAUCCCCAAGUACUCCCGUUACGAGAAGAGACACAAGAACCUCGCUGCACACGUCUCUCCUGCCUUCCGUGUUGAGGAAGGUGACCAAGUUACCGUUGGCCAGUGCAGACCAUUGAGCAAGACUGUCCGAUUCAACGUCCUUCGCGUUCUACCUCGUACUGGCAAGGCCGUCAAGUCAUUCCAAAAAUUCUAAAUUAGGGUAUAAUGGCGUGAAUGGAAGGUUGUUUGUCUACGUGCGCUGAUGGAUCGAUACUGCAUGACAUGAUGGGAUACAUGGUGCCUUAGAAAUCGUGGGGAGAAAUCGAAAUCAGUGAACAGGACA